AUGGAUGAAAACUGUAGUAGAAGUAUAAACUCAUCAACAUUGCAUGAGAAGGAAAAGGGAUUUAUAAAUUUGAAUUCAAAAUGUACUACGACUGAAGCAGAUUUGGAUAAAAGCCAGGAAGAUGUGCCAGUUAAAUUCUAUGGUUCACGUCACGCUGGCGCUAAAAAGUUGGCUUCUUUGUAUAAAAAAGAAAAGCGAUUACAAGAAACAAUAUCAACUGCAAUUGGUAUAAGCGAAAUUUUCAUCGUAAUAAUUUUAUUAAUACAACGAUUUGAUAUUUCGUCUUUAUCUUCUGUACUUUUUUUUGCAUUUCUCGGCAUUCUGACAGCUGACUUUCUAUCUGGUCUUGUUCACUGGGCCGCUGAUUCCUUCGGUACCGUCGAUACUUUCAUUGGCAAGCACUUUAUUAGAUCAUUUCGUGAACACCACAUUGACCCAUCAGCCAUAACACGUCAUGAUUUCAUCGAAUGUAACGGUGACAAUUUCCUAUUGAUAAUACCAAAACUCACUCAUAUCAUUUAUCAGCAUGUAACGUUACCAAGUUCUCAGCUGGACAACUUGAUGGUUUCACACUGGUUUUACCUACUUCUAUCCAUCUAUAUUGCACUCACUAAUCAGAUCCACAAAUGGUCUCAUACGUAUAUAGGAUUAUCUACGUGGGUAAAAAUGUUACAAAACUGGCACGUAAUAUUAUCACGUAAAGACCACAAACUACAUCAUAUUUCACCACAUGCUUGUGCAUAUUGCAUUACUACGGGAUGGCUAAACAAACCAUUAGAUGCUAUUGGUUUCUGGCGUGGUGCUGAAUACAUUGUUAUUACUCUGACAGGAAUGAAACCACGCACAGACGAUCUGAAAUGGGCAAAAGCUUUGUAA